GGUGACUUUUGAGCCCAAAAUUCUGCUUUCCUGGCUUCUCUUGGACGGUGAAGACCCGGAGGACACUCUGCCACCAGUCUCUGCCUCUCUCUCUCUCUCCUCUCUCCUCCCUCACUCGUCACUUCUCUGUUAAUUGGGCGAUUGCUGAAAACGGAUGCUCUGAUCGUCAUCAUAUUAACCAAAGUCUAAGAAUGGCGGGAUUUGUGCCUUAUGGAAUUGGAGGAUCUUAUCCAUAUUCAUCAUCAUCGCCUUCAAGUUUAUCGGCUUUAGCGCCACCUUUUACUGUCGAUCGGCCUGCGCCAAAACCCAUGUCAAGCUCAUUUGAUGUGACUGAGCCACCUUAUGUUGCCCCCAUGAAUUCUUCUUUGCACAAUUGGCUUCCUUCUCACCCGACCACUGCCCCAUCUAAUUUCUUUGCCAAUCCCACCCCAGAUCUCAAUUCAAUUCCUCCAUCGAAUGCGUAUGGAUAUGCAGGCCUGCAGACUGUUGAACCAUCCAAUACAAACUUGCCUCCUUUGAACACUGUUACCACAACUUCUCCCAGCACGUUUAAGUACGAUCAAUCCUUCAAUGCUGCUGCAACUAGUUUUGUUGAGGCCAAACCUUAUUAUCCCUCUUAUCUAUCCUCAACAGUUCCGAGUGUUCCCCCCAUGGUGGUUCCUAGUCAGCCUAGUUAUGAUUGGCUGUCUAGUACUCAUUUUGCUCCCUUGGAUAGCUCCUCUCACAAGGAUUACACUCAAAACCCUUCUGAUCCAAAGUAUACUACCCAGUGGGGUGGCUUGUGGGAGUGGGAGCAGGGUAAACAGGGAGACUUUAAUGGAAAUUUCUGCUCAAAGAAGACUGAUGUUUCCGGUUCAUCACUGUACAAGAAUUACAUGAACCAAGACCCCUCAUGUGAAGAAGCAUCACAUGGUAUCAAUAUUCAGGGUUGGGAAAAGCUUGGUGGAUCUUUUUUGGCGAAAAAUUCCAAAUUCAUCCCUGCUGAUGUCACGGGAUCCUUUUCAGCAGUUCCAGAAACCCAUACUAAGGCAUCAUCCUCACAAUUUGUCAUGAACACCACAAACUGUAAAACACCGUACAGUGUAUUCUCUGAGCAACAACAGAAUGAUGCUAGUACGGAUGAUAUUUCGUCCACUUCAAAAUUAUCCUCUGCCCUUACCACUAGAAUACCAGCUAUUGGCACUAAAUCUUCAGAACCAGGGAUAGGUCUGUUCAAAAGGUUGAAUUUCAAAAGUGAUGCAGCUGAGAUAGGUCGUGAUGACUAUUAUCUUUCUAGUGUACAAGAGUCUCGUCAGCCACAAGUUUCUGAAGGCAACUGUCGUUUCAGUUCAAGCCAACUGGACAGUGUUCUUGGAAUAAAUGAUAGCUUCUUUGCAGAAAGAAAUGAAGAGCUAUCAAAUAAUAGAAGUCUCAACAAGAGUCCAUGGGAUCAUGUGUUUAAAGCGAAGUCUGGACUGGAAAAUCCUCAUGUUAGUCCUGGUGCUUUUAAUGUGGCACUUAGUACAAAUGAAACCGUCAAUUCGUUUCCGAGUUCAUCUGACAAUGUAGAUCCUAAUAAUCCAGCUGUGGACUCGCCUUGCUGGAAAGGAGUUCCUGGUAGUCGGUUUUCUCCAUUUGAAUCCUCUGAAGAAGGGGUUCCAGAACAGAUAAAGAAACUAGAGGACUACAAUGGUUUGCAUUUUCCAAUGCCACCGAUUUUUCCACUAAACGCUGCGGAAAAUGCUUCCUCCCAAAAGCCUAUCAAGAACACCGUUGAAUACCAUGAUCUUGGGUGGCUGGAAAAGGGUGUGACCCUUCCCUUGAAGAGAUAUUCAGUUGAAAACUCAGCUUUUGGAGAACAUAAAUUAGAUGAUACCGCGAAGACCACUUAUGACUCAGAAACAAGCCAUGGUAGAGGACCUCAAAGUUACAGAAAUGUCCUCCAUAAAUCAGGGAAUGGGGAAAACUCCUUUGGUCUCUUUGGCCAGUCUCACACAAUGGAACAAGGUUGUGGUGGAGAAGACGGAUUAGCAGUGGAAAUGAAGAAAACAACACUGACUUGUGGUCCAGAUGUUAAACUGAAUGUCAGUGACACUAUGGAAUAUGGUUCAUUGCAUGUGCCUUCUCAUGCUGUAGAAAAUAUAUUGUGUUCGUCUGUGGAGGAAGCACCUACUAAGCUUUCCAAAUCUGAUGGGGAAGAUUCUAUGCUGAAAGUGGGUGCACAGAUGCUGGUUGAUACAAUGAAUAGCUUGUCAGAAUUGCUGCUUAGUAAUUGUUCAUGUGGCUUGGUUCAAUUGAAGAAAAAUGAUAUCGAGGCAAUAAAAGCUGUGAUCAAUAACCUGCAUAUCUGCAUAUCAAAGAACAGCGAGAAAUUGUCACUGACACAGGAAAUGCCAUCGUUCCAGCAAAAUACUUCUCAUUGGAACAGAGUGUUCAUAGAGCAUAAUAAGGUUGUGAGUGCAGACAGGGUCCCAUUGGCAUCUGCCUCUAACAUUCAGGAUGAAGUUACAGGUUCUGUUUCUGUGAAAAAUGACAAAAACAUGGCGAAAGAAGAUAAAAUGACUCAGGCUAUAAAGAAGAUUCUUAGUGAGAAUUUUCAGGCUGAGGAAACAGACCCUCAAGCCCUCUUGUACAAGAAUCUAUGGCUUGAGGCUGAAGCUGUAUUAUGUUCCAUUAAUUAUAAAGCUCGCUUUAAUCGUGUAAAGAUUGAAAUGGAUAAGUGCAAGGCAGAGAAAUCCGAAGACGGCUUUGAAUAUAAUGCAGAUAUGGUGAAGCAAUCAAUGGCUGAUGUUUCCCCUGACUCAAACCCAGUUAACCCAUUGACGCCUGAUGCUCAGGAUUGUCCAACUUCAAAUCUCCAGGAUUUACCUGUAUUAAGUCAGGAAGAUGAUGUAUUGGCAAGAUUUCGUAUCCUAAGGGACCGUGUUGAGAACACAAAUUCGAUCGGUGCUGCCAAUGGGGGCGAAUCCAGCUCCAAGGUUUCUGAACCGAACAAGGUUGAUAAUAUUCCAUCUGAAGUAAAUGGUAACUUAUCCUCACAUGGUCUUUCCAUUCAGGAUUCUCCUACAUCAGAUACAGUUGGGAUGACAGAUGAUUACGAGGCUUCUGUUAUGGCCAGAUUUCGGAUCAUAAAAGACCGGGUUGAGAAAUCGAAAUUCAUUAGUUCUGCCAAUAUGGAGGAAUCAUCCAGCUCCAAUGUGUGUCUUGAACCCAAGAGUGACAUAAUUGCACCCAACGCAAGUGAUUUUUCGGGACCUGAGUUCAAUUUCCAGGAUUCUUCCAUUUCAAUCACGACCAGCCAAUCAAAUGAUUGCGAGGCUUCUGUUCUGUCCAGAUUUCAUAUCCUCAAAUCCCGGAUUGAAAACUACGCUGACUUGCAUACUGAAGGGCAACAUCUUCCCGACCCCAAGAUAUCUGCAGUUGCACCUAACACGAGUGAUAGCUUAAUGCCCGAGAUCAACAUCCAUGAUUCUCCUCGUUCUAGCACGACCGACCAGGGAAACGACUGUGAGGAUUCUGUUAUGUCGAGGCUUCAGAUCCUUAAAUCCCGGAUUGACAACUCUUACAUGCAUUCAGAAGAGCAGCAACUGCCGGAAACUGGUGGUCUUGGAUAUGCUGGUAUGAGAAACCCCUGGCCGUUUAUUAGCAAGAGAUCGGAGGGUGAAGGUUCAGAACUGAAGGAGCAACCUAUUUUGCAGAGUCAUGAAGCUGGCAGUAGUGAAGGUAAUAUGGUGGCUGCUAAGGAAUUCCAUCUGUUCGUGGGCGGUCCACCGACAGAUAAUCAGAAGAUCAACAGGCCUGGGAAUCUGCUUCCGGCAGGUUGGUACGAUAGCUCUUCCUCGGAUUGGGAACAUGUCAUGAAGGAGGAGGUUUGGGGGCAGAACUGA